UGAUCCAGGACUAGAAGCAGGGACCUCGUGAUCUGAAGUGUCACCCAUAACCAAUUGACCAAUUAACCUUAACCAUAAAGGUGCUGAUAGACUUGAGCAUUCGCUUGCACCGAGCAUUCGUGCGAAUGUUACAUCACAGAAAAAUAAGAACAAUUUUAGCGAGUAUACUAUUGAGCAUUCUAGCGAACAGAUUUCCAGCACACGCAUCAAGAAGUCCCUACAUCUGUGAAUACCUACUACUACCCUACCCUACUCCCACUACAGCUACCCUACCAUACAGGGGAUGAGUAGGCACCCAACCCUUCCCCUACCUUACUCCUAAUUUUACUCCUACCCUACCCCUACCAAACCCCUAUCUUACCCCUAAUUUUACUCCUACCCUACCCCUACCCUGCCCCUACCCUACUCCUACCAUACGCCUACCCUACCACGCGACGGAAGCUUAAAAAAUUGAGUAACUUCUCCCGUUUUCCCAACAUUUUCCUUCACAGCUCUGCUCCUAUAGAUCGUAGCGUGAUGAUAAGUAUACUAUAACCUGCCCAGGAGUAUGAAAAAUAAUUGUACCAAGUUUCGUUAAAAUUCGUCGAGUAGUUUUUGUUUCUAUAAAGAACAUACAGACAGACAGACGGACAAAAAUUUUACUGAUUGCAUUUUUGGCAUCAGUAUCGAUUACUAAUCACCCUCUAAUAGUUAUUUUUGAAAUAUAUUUCAUGUACAGAAUUGACCUCUCUACAGAUUUAUUUUAAGUACAGAUCUUUUGACUAGCACCGAAUAGAGCGUUCGCUAGAAUUCUCAAGAUGUUCGAAGCAAUAUUUGGCUCUAUACUUGGCUCGGUUCGUUGUUCAGUUCGACAAAUAUAAAAACGGCGAAUGCUCGAUGGUUCUGUUACAAGUGAAUGCUCAAGUCUAUCAGCACCUUAAAAGAUUGCUCUAAAAUACAUAUUUGCAUCGCUAUCUAUGUGCUUAAAGUAUUGGCAAACUGGGUCACUGGAGUUUAUCUUCUACGAGUAAAGCACAAAAGGCACCCAGCUAGCGAAUAGCCCACAUGGAUGAUAGUUUGAUAGAUGGUGGUGGACUGCACUGUUAGUGGACCUAAUACAUAAGAACAUCUUUGUAUAACUAAAAAUGUUUCUUGCAAAUAAACCGAUUCUGAUUCUGACUGCAUGUUAUGGCAGCAAAUGAGAGGAACAUCGACAGAAAUAUUGGCUUUUAUUUAUUACAAUCUCACCUGAUGGUAAGUGAUGAUGCAGUCUGAGAUGGAAGCGGGCUACCUUGUUAGGAGGAGCAUGAAAUUUUUUAUAAUUAUAUCUAUGUUGGCGGUUGGUGGCUUUAGUAACUUGGCAAGUAACCUCUUUGUUAGAUCAAUAAAAUCGAAGGUGGGCCAAGGUCUUGGUGAGGCAAGUUUUUUAAGUUAACACCGCCUUAUCGACCUACUACUUAAUAUUAUAAACGCGAAUGUUUGUAGCGAUGUUUGGUUGGAUGUUUGUUACUCUUUACCGCCGAAACAACUGGACCAAUUUGGCUGAAAUUUAAAACGAAUAGAUAAUAUCCUUUAUUAACUCAUAGGCUACUUUUCAUCCCGGAAAAAUCCAUGGUUCCCGCGGGAUUAGUGAAAAACUGAAUUCCGAAGGAAAUCCGCUUACGAAGUCGCGUGCUUUCGCUAGUGUGUUAUAAAUCUAUGCCUUACGGCCAGUUUUUUCAUCGCAAGUAACAGUCAAAGUAACGUCAUCAAAAGUGACAGUCUUUUUCACUGAAAAAUAAAGUCUUCUUUACUACUUAUUACUUUUACUGUUACUUUAUUAGCUUUACACGAAGAAACUGGCUGUUAGAGGUUAAAAAAGGGUUUAAGUUUUCUUUAUAUAAAUCCUUCGUUUUGAGUUAUACUUUAUAAAAAAAAUUGUAGACUAUUUAUUACGUAAAAAAAUUGCGAAAAUAGAAAUAGAAGGGGAUGAAAUAGGUGUUGAAAGUUUACAUCGAUUUUCAUGCAGACGAAGUACAGCUAGUACAGUUUUUUUUAUUCUUUACAAGUUAGCCAUUGACUACAGUCUCACUCACCUGAGGGUGAUGCAAUCUAAGAUGGAAGUGGGCAACUAUUAGGAGUAACCUGUACCUAAAUCCAUACCCCUUUCGGUUUCUACACGACAUCGUAACGGAAUGCUACAUCGCUAACCAUGCAUGCAAUGCAAUGCAAUGGGUUAUGCACUAGCAUUACAAUUCUGAUGAUGAAGACAAUGGACAAGUAAUGGAACUUCUCAACUUUUCACAGUAGGUAGCAUUGUGAUUGGGUUUGAUUAAUUUGUAUUGGUCUGGAUGCAUCCACCUGGAUGGGUUGUGACUGUCAUUAGGUUCUGAUGAUGAAGACGAAGGACUGUUAAUAAUCGGUUUACAGUACCUUACCCACCUUAGUACGUUGUGAUUGGGUUUCUAAGUUCUAUAAUCUAUAGAGUUUUCACCCCCUUAGAUAUCGUUUUGUUUGUUGGCAUAAUCGAUAACGACAGACAUCUGUAUUAAAGUUUGGCUUCCAUUUUCACAUUAAUGAUUUGAUGAGAUAAUAGGUUAUAAAAUAAACUACUAUUGUAAAGCAACAAAGGUUUGUAGUGAAGAACCUAGCUAACAUAAAGAGAUAGGCAAGUAGGUACAUAAUAACUUAAUCACAUUUAUUUAGGUUUCAUAUUACAGUUAUUAUAAACGAAAAUGUAAAGGUUAAGAAUUCAAUAUAACAAUAAGGUCAAUAGAACAAUUUCCGACGUUUAUUGGCACGGCACAGUAAUUAUAGGGGAUUUUACUUAAUCCCCGACACGGCCACAUCCUGCGGACUGCAGGCGAUGCGUUGCUUACAACCGGCAACAUGAAGUUGUUUGUUAUUAUUCUUUUCUCCGUUGUCCUGGCCGUCAGUUCGGAGACUGAAAAAUCAAAGACCAAGACCGUCAAAGAAGACCAGAAAAUCGACAACUCUGCUUUCCUUCAAAAGUUUUUACCACCUCUAAACCAUGACGUGAACCAACGAUACGGCCAAGGACAAGAAUACAGAAACGAGAAUUGGGCGAAUAGGGGCAACGGAUACUACGACUACAACGAUGAAGAAGAACAAAACGAGGGUAUUCGGAGAAAUCAGGGCUGGCCUCUAUACAACGUGCCAAAUAUUUGGGGAUACUCGAAAAAUGGUGCGGAACUUGGAAAACUCGUCAGUCAUUCAUAUAACAAUGAUAAUACAGUUUGGGGAUAUUUGAGGGAUGGUGAAGGUAGAUUGAGAAAUGAGGGCAGAGAUAACGCGCGUGAGUAUUUAAGAAAUGAAGGUAGACCGAGAUAUCUUGCACGCGGUCACUUGCCCAAGUUAAAUGUCCCGCUAGAACCUGAAUACAUAGGCUACGUGGGUUACGUUGACCCGAGAGGUCACGGAUACAAAGACAGAUAUCACUACCGACUUAUAGGACGGACCGGGUUGGGUUUUGACAAGAGAACUGCUGCAGCCUAUGGAUUACGCGCACCGAUCACUCCAUCUCUUCUAAAAGUGGUUGGACAAUACGAUUACAGACGUAAAAACCAAAAUGGCUACAAUUCCCGUGGAUAUUCUUCACAGCAUUAGCCUGAUGAAAGGAUAAUAAUCAAACAUUAUAAGCAGUUUCAUAUCUAUAUUUUUCCUAUAUUUUGUUUCGUUACACGGUUCUAAGUACUACCACCUGUCUGCUAAUGAUAUUUAUAUUAGAUAUUUUCAAAUAAUCUAUUUAAUAAAACCAUUAAACA